ACAGUUAUCACCAGGAGGCGGUAUAGGGGAAACAGGUACCUAACCCCUGUCUGCUCCAGCUCGCUUGCUAGAUAGGCAGCUGCUGCUCCCCACCGCCUGGUGCCUGCUUUCCAAAGAAAAACGGAGCCAGAAAUCUACCAUGGACAUCGUAUUCAUCCUUGUCGGCAGCAUCUUUUUUGCUUUCAUCUUUUGCAUCUUAAAGGUACUAUUUCAGAUGACUGAUCAUCAAAAACCAUCCAACCCAAAACCUCCUAAGCUGCUGAGAUCAACUCCCACUCUGUCACACAGGAAUGCUGCUCUGCGUUUCCAUGACAACAACUACAACCAGGCUACGAUGAAUAAUUAUCCACGAACACUAGCCUUGCACAAACGAAUACUGGUCAAUUUGAACAUCAUGGAAUGCCAACUAACUAAGCUGGAGCAAUUCCUGUCUGCAAGGCGCCCACGUGGCUAUUCAAAGCCUAGGCGGAGAACCACUGUGAGAAUUCCUGUGGAAAGCGACAGUGGAAGCAACCAAUAAAUUCCCUGAGUGGGAAUCCCUGAGUGGGAGUCCCUGAGUGGGAAUCCCUAAGUGGGAUCAACUGAU